CAGCUGCCCCAAACAACCACAAUAUACACAGUUCCAACCUUAAACAGCUGUGUGAACAAAGUAACCAAAACGGGCUCUCACUGACUUGUUAUUACUUUAUUUCAACGGCACUAGAACUAUCCUAAGGACAACAUAGCGAUGACGGGCGAUACUUCAAUUUCAGAUACCUCUGAAGGUAUCACCUUAAUGUCGAGUUUCUCACGCAAGGUCAUCCGCUAUGGCGACAAGGUCGUGAAAUCCGGCCCUGGCAUACUCCCGUUAGAAGCAGAGACCAUGCGAUUCAUUGCUGCGAAUACCAGUAUCCCUGUUCCUCGAAUUUAUGAAGAGGAGACAGGACUUGUACCCAGUAUUACCAUGGACUAUAUCGAAGGAGAGACAUUGGAAGCCGUGUGGAAUGGGCUCCCCGAGGAGCAGAAGUUAGAUAUUGCGGAACAGCUGAAAGGAAUACUCUCCCAGUUACGCAGCUUGAAAGGACAGUAUAUUGGAUCAAUCAAUCGUGGGGAAGCAAAUGACGGGAGGAGAUUCGAUUACAAGGGCGGUCCAUUUGAUACCGAAGCCGAGUUUAACCAAUUCCUUGUGACCGACAAGAUAAAAGGUUGUCCUACGAUAUUUUAUGACAUAGCAUUCCGAUCCUUACGAACAGAUCAUGAGAUCGUCUUUACUCAUGCUGAUUUCACGCCCCGAAAUAUUAUUGUUAAGGACGGGCGAGUGGUUGCUCUCCUAGAUUGGGAAUAUUCGAGGUGGUAUCCAGAGUACUGGGAGUUUGUCAAGACUUUCAAAGGAGCAGAUCACAGGUGCAGUUGGUACAACUAUGUCGAGGCCAUAUUUCCAGUGUGCCACGAGACCGAGUACAUCAACGAUUGCUUCCUUAGAUCAAUCCUUCGUCACUAAAGUGCUGUUUUCAAAGGAUGACAAACGAUCUUGCAUUCAAUAACAAUCUUUCAUUGAUUCAUUCAUUCAACGACAAUCCUAUAAAAAAAAGCAUCCCG